CUUGUCAUUUUGCAAUUGUCAAAUAUUCUUUGGAAUAGUGCAUGUCAUUACUCAUACAAAACCUUUGAAAUAUUUCUGUUAUUCAUAACAUAUUAGGUACCUACUUAAAUUAACAAAAUGCUUGGACUUAAUGAAAAUUUCCCUGAAUAUGCAGUGCCUGGUGCUAAACAGCAUCGUUUCGAACCCUACGCAGACAACGGAGGAAGCGUUGUGGCCAUCGCCGGCGAAGACUAUGCUGUAAUUGGAGCGGAUACUCGUCUGAGUACCGGUUUCUCUAUCUACACAAGAGAACAGAAGAAACUGUUUAAACUCUCCAAUCAGACCGUCCUCGGCGCCACAGGAUGUUGGUGCGACACUCUCACACUAACUCGGUUACUUCAAGCUCGCAUGCAGAUGUAUGAGCACGAACAUAACAAGUCAAUGUCCACUCCUGCAGUAGCUCAGAUGUUAUCUACUAUGUUAUACUACAAAAGAUUCUUUCCCUACUACAUCUCCAAUGUUUUGGCCGGACUAGAUGCAGAGGGAAAAGGUUGUGUGUACAGUUAUGAUCCUAUCGGCCAUUGCGAACGUUCCAACUAUCGUGCUGGUGGCUCUGCUGGAGCUCAGUUACAACCUCUUCUGGACAAUCAGAUAGGAUUGAAAAAUAUGCAGAAUGUGACAGAGGUACCGCUGCCCAGAGAAAAAGCUUUGGCACUUUUAAAGGAUGUGUUCAUCAGUGCCGCUGAACGUGACAUCUACACCGGUGAUUGUAUCUAUAUACUGAUUAUUACUGCAAAUGGCAUUCAAGAAGAGAAAUUUGAGCUUCGUAAAGAUUAAGUUUUCAUUUUUAUUAAAUAAAGAUUCAUAAAUAAAA